UGAAAGCAUGGACUUGAGAAACCACCGAAGAAGAAGGCAAAAUUAAUGGCAGGCUACAGUGUGGUUUCAGUCCCCUGAAAUAUUUUCUUUAAAGUAUUACAAUGGCGGAUAACACGGUGCAUUCGGAGGGGACGUCAGAUCAGCCCAUGGCCAGCUGUUCCACGGCCGGUAGCACCCCACCCGUAUCCGUCGACUCUCAGCUUCAGCAGGCAGUGCGGUUAAAAACAGAGGGCAACGUCUUCUACCGGGACAAGAACAUUCGCUCUGCCAUCGGGCGAUACCAUCGAGCCUUGAUCGUUCUCCGUGGCCUUGACUCUAAACUGACGGCGGCGAUUGCGGGCUUCGGAGCCAAGGUGCCUGUGCUCAACGCAGAGCAGCAAGAGCUCUUAAGUAACACUCAGAUCGACUGCUAUAACAACCUAGCAGCUUGUCUACUACAGCGGGAGAGUGUGGACUAUGCCCGAGUGCAGGAGUACAGUCUCCAUGUCUUGGAGCUGCGGCCGGGUGACACCAAGGCCCUCUACAGAGCCGGAGUGGCCACGCUGGAGCUGGGGGAUGCACAGUCGGCACGACAGUACCUCAUGAAGGCCAGCAGGGACAAACCCAACGAUGCCAACGUGAAACGGCAACUGCAGCGAACGGAAGAGAGGCUUAGCAAAGACUACCAGAGAGAAAAGGCCCUGUACAAAGGAAUGUUCAGUCAACAAAAGAGCGGAGAAGGGCAGGGAGACGCGGAGGUGACCCAGAAACACGUCUGACUGGGCUGGAUCGGACUGAACUGAACUCUACACACGUUUUGGACUGAGUUUCCCAAAAACACAUGAGUACAUAAGGUUAAGUAGCAUUUAAGUGUGAGGCACCCCAUUGGAAAUAUAUAAGGAGGAAUAGGCAACAUAUCACUAAAAGAUUAUUCCACAACACUCUGACACUGGCGUCAUAUGCAUCACAUGACAAUGUCAUAAUAGUGUCAAAACUGUUGUGACACAGUCGUGGACAAGUCAUAAACAUUAUGUCAAUGUGAUAUAUGUUUUAUGGUCAUGACAAGUUGACAUUGUUUGGGCUGUCUUUACCAUAUACGAACGUCACUUCAUGACAUUGGUCAUAAAAUGGUUGACAUGGCCAAAAUGUUUAUGAUGCAUCCAUGACAAUGCUACGAGACUGUUAUGACACGGUCAUGUCAUACAUAUUAUGCCGGCGUCAAAGAAAGUGUCACUAAUAAUUAUUUAUUCAGUACUUUUCCUUUCACAUGCAGAUAAAAUGCUUGCACAUAAUGCAUGUGCAAGGAAAGGUAGUGCAUGUAUAAACUUUUACUGAUAAUGUGAGACCUACUCCUGAAAUAUUGUCACGGUGACACCACAUACGUUAAGGACUACUUAGGUUGAAGUACUACUCCUUGAGUGUUUUUCGGAAACUUGGACCAGAUGAAUAAGCUGAGAUUGGUGAAGGGCCACAGGCCCCAAACAAACAGUCAUAAAUGCUGCCAGUUACUGCUUGCCAAAUACUACAAAACAUGGCCCUGUUUCUUCAGGGCUAUAUUGUUUGUCGACUUAAGUUUGCUGGACGGUGUGGUUCUUUUGUUUUGUUGUUGGCAGAACCACCUGUAGUUACAGAAGAGGAGCUGUCGAAACGUUUCCUGCACUGGAAAAGAGAAAAGAGCUUGAUUCUUUUGGACCUUUUUUGUUUGUGUUUUGGCUGUCUGGAGUUUCAUUCUUUAACAGUCGAUCUACUUUUAAAGCUGUUGACCUUUUUGUCACCACUUCAACAGUUAAUAAUAAAAAAUAAAAAAACGUCUUUUGAAUUUCCAA